AAUGUUUAUUAUGUUAAAGGUCAUGAAGCGAAAACAACAGUUUCAGAUAAUCAGAUGUUCAUAAAGAAAUCAUUUAAGACGGAAAUCUUAAAUGAUCUAAAACGUGCUUCACUACAUAUUAAAUAUUAAUGAAGAAACAAUAAAAACAAAACCCUGCCUCACAGCAACCACCUCUUUGAAAAUUAAAUCAACAAAUAUAGUCUAAAAUAUUUUUAUGAAUUAGAUUUUAAAUAUUUGCUCUAAUUUAAAGUCUAAAUUAAGUCUACAGAUACUGGAAUCAGCCUAUUAUCAUUAUUAUUAUCAUUAUUAUGUGGAAUGUAACUCCCCCAGGUUGCUAAAACCCCCAAAUUACAAGAAGAAAUCCAGACAUGAGCUCAGUGAGGAACUAAAUAUAAUUAAAAAACUCCACCGCCUGUUGUUGUAAUUCCCCUCCCGGCCGCCGGCGGCAGCACUGAGCUCGCGGAUCAAAUUACGCGCCAUCUUGGAUUCUACAUAGGCUUGUUUCAGGGAAACAAGAGUUCAGCCGCACUCCUCCUGUUUAAGUUGAAUUUAAUUUACUUUACAACAACCACACGUCCUCCUGAAACCGCCUGAACCGUCACCGAGGAGUUGAACUUUAAUCCGGCGGGGUUUGUUCUGUCUCACUUUGCUCGAAGAGGAAGAUUUUCAACGUUAAACGCCACAGCUCCGCGCUCGGCGAAGCAGCUAGCUGACGGCCCCGUAACAUGCAGCACCGCUGCGGCCACUGCGACGCUCCGAUACAGAGACAAGCUAAAGGGUACAAGAGGAAAUCUCUGCUGUCACUCAUCGACCUAAAGAGCGCUCAGAAACUUUUCCCGGAUCUUAACCCUCAAGAGGCGUUUUUGUGUUUCGCCUGUGUGCGAAACGUUUAUCAGAGGACCAAGAAAUGUGGGAAAAGGCGGAUUUAUGUGGACCCUCACCCCCCCUCCCGUCCGGCUCCUGCUGCCCGUUCUGCUCCCUCUGUCCCGGGGGAACCGCCGCCUCCCAAAAAGCUCAAAAAAAGACUCAAAACUAUGCUGAACGAACACGACUACGCGUCCCAGGACCCAGCGCCCUCCCCGCGGCCCGACCCUCCGCCGGCCCGGCGCGUCCGCCGCGGACCGAUCUCCCAGGUGUGCGGGUACCUGCGCAAGAAGAACUUCACCUCCGCACUGAACCGGCUGCUGCAGGUGUCCGGCUUCAAGGAGGCUCUGCUCCGAGUGUGCGGAAAAAUCAUCUCCACCGAGCGGAAAGAGAUGGCGAACGAUCUGGAGGGUCCGUACAGGAAGACCUUCAGCCCCGAGAACCUGGCAGCGUUCGGCUGGGAUACGACGACUUCCUGGGCUGAGGAGAAGGCUCCUCUGACGGUGGCCUGUCUCAGAUCCAUGUUCCCCCCCGCCAAAAAGAUCCAGAAACAGAUCGUGAACUACAGCCCGGGGAAUAAACCACGGCGGAUGACUGACGAGGAGGUGAAGCAGAUGUUGGACCGGAGGAUCAGCCUCGUCCUCUCGGUGCCUCUGUACACCGGCACUCUCAGAGCCUGUUUCCUGCAGACGGCCUUCAGCGUGGAGAUGCUCAGACACCGCUGUCCCAUCAAACUCUUCACCAUCAUGAACAGUCUCGGCAUCUCUCAGUCCAAAACCACCGCCAGGAUCCACGCCAAGAAACUCGCAGAGGAGCACGACAGGCAGGUGAAGAAGUGGAGGGACGAGAUCCAGAUGACGAGAAAGACGCAGUACUGCAGCGACGACUCAAAGAAGGCGGCGGCUUAUACCUUCACCUGGGGAAAAGUUCGGGUGCCGUCUGUGUCCAGGUCCGACUCGACAGAACGAGGAUACGCCUUCGUGACGUGGGCGUUUCGCUUCGCUCAUCAAGUUCGGGUUAAUUUUCGUUACCUGCACGGACCUCCGGUAAAAGCAGUGGAAGUGUCUCCUUACAGCAUCCUACCGUCCAAACAGACGUACGAGUCGUUGCGACAGCGAAUGAAAACCUUAGUGAUGCGAAUCAUCGCCGACAACCUGACGGCCCUGAAAGGACCGAGAGGACGAGUGGUGAGACACAUUCCUCACGUCUACUCCCACCUGAUGAAGGAGGAGAGCACCUCCGUGAGUCUGGGUGCAGUGAUACCAAACGCCUCAGAGCAGUCUGUUAGUGCAGCGUACGGCCUUAAGGACUACAUCCCUGUGGUUUCUGAGAAACCGUACCACAUCCUGUGUUGUGGGGACGUCCUCACCGCUGACAGGACAGAGCACGGCAACAAAACCCAGAACAACGAAACCCCAGACCCCGACCCUGACCUGAGGUUUGAUGGACUCGUAGAAGCACCGCAAGAGUUUCAGAAGGAACACCUGUUUCACGAGGAAAUGUUAAAGAUGCUUCUCAGUGAGAAAAGCGAGAACGCUCGAGGAACUCUUCAUCACAUCAUCUCACUGUUUCACUUCAAGACGUUUAACAACACCGCCAAAGACUACUUCCUCAACGUCUGGGACUUCAUCACGUUUGUGACGACGGCGUACGUAACUCUGUUUGCUGUGACGGAUUGCGGUCUGGACUCUGUGGACCAGAGACCCUCAGAUUACCCCUCUCAGGUCACAGCUCAGAUGGACUGGCUGAGUGAUCUGGCUCACAGACUGGUGGAUCUGGUGUGGAUGCCUCCACCUCAGGAGGACAUCAACACUGCUGCUGCAGCUGCUGCAGCUCACUGUGACGGAGAGAAGAAGAAAAUAUUCCCCUUCUGUUACUGCAGAGAAGAGAAAGCAGGUGAGCAGCUGGUGCGGUGCUGCAGCAACCGGUGUCCAGGCAUCUGGUUCCACGAGGGCUGUGCUCGGGCUCAGACCCUCUUAGACCCGCACGAGGACUGGUUCUGUAGUCCAGACUGCAGUGCAGACGGGACCUACGUGUACUGUCACUGCAAGGAGCAGAAGGGGGGACAGAUGGUCCAGUGUGGACGGAUGGACGAGUGCAGGAGACACGAGUGGUACCACAGAGACUGUCUGACGGCAGCCGAGCAGACCAGAGCCGAACAGACUCCGUGGUUCUGCUCCGAGUCCUGCUCCAAGGCGGCUGACGGCGAGGACUUCCUGUUUAACUACACGAGGGCGGUGGUGUGGGAGGGGCUGUACCACAUGGCCAGACGGGACGCCAUCCAGGAGGGAGAUGGAGACGCCAUGACGGACUUCUGGAGGAUGGACCUGGUUCUGCUGUGGACCAGACAACACCUGCAGCUCUUCAACAGCAGCCACCAGAUGAUCACCGGGAUGGAGGGGUUCUACCCGGAGCGCGUCAGACAGGACAUGAAGUGGAACCGGGUGUUGAAUCUUCAGGGAACAUCUGGAGGGAACAUCAGCCUGGACCUCCUCACCGAGCUCCUGAUCAGCGAGUUCAAAGGUGUGAUCGAGUUCGGUAAAGGCAGCUUCACCAGGCAGCAGGUGGAGCAGAGCGCUCAGCUGGCCGGAGCUCAGGCCAGACACCUGGACCGGCUCUUCUUCACGGGAGGAAACCCCCUGAACCUGUCCGCAUACCUGUCCCGACUGACGUCCUCGUCCUGCAGGAGGACGGAGGACGUGUCCAGGUUUGUGGAGGAGUUUAAGAAGGACGAACUGUUCGCCUUCAAACCAGGAAGAAAACAUCAGGGCUUCAACGAGUUCAGCUACCAACACAGAGUGAAAACCCCGCAGCGGAUGGGGAGGACCCUGAGGAGUCUGUCUGAAGAGCUGGACCGGCGGAGAGACAAGAUCCUCUGAGACCGACGGACAGGUGAGGACGAGGAGUCGCGUGACAGCACCUGUGUGAGAUCACAGAUAUAAACGCGCAGAUGACACGGUGGCAGGAGGUCAUCAGCUGAUGGUCCAGCUGUUACAGACGUGUCGUUACGACACAGGACGCUCGUUAGGUUUUUAUACCAAAAUACUUUCUCUUAUGUAGAUAACAGUAAUGUCUCUAUGAUUUAAGAUUUAAGAUGAACUUAUAUUUUUCUUUCUUACUGCAUUGUAAAAUGGCUGCCACGGUCUAAUUUUGUUCAUGAAUAAAGACUAAAUUAAUAAAAAAGACUUUUCUGCAGACUUCAGUCGAUGAGAGCGGAGCUGCUUCGAACGGGAAACGGACUCGUGUGUUCGCUCGUUUAGUUUUGAUGAAACUAAAACAAAGUUGAAGUGAUUCUCAGCUGAAGAGACGACUGACGGAGAACAUUACGGUCUGUUUGAGUUGUGUUUUUGUAAAUAAAUAGUUUUUUUUCCACUUUGA